UAUAAUGUGGGGAGAGUAGGGGAAGGGGGGAGGAGUGGUUGGCGUUGGAACUGUUGCGCGGGGAGGGCGAGCCGAAAGAAGCAAAGGCAGAAACCACGUGGAAAGACGGCACUCGAGGGGAAUGGCACGGGGUGGAUCAUACGCUCGAUGAGCAAUUCCAUGGUUACAGGGUCAAAGGAAGUUUGCUCGCAAGAGAAUUUGGUGUUUUUGUUUUGUUUUUCGGUUUUUUGGUCGAGCCGGAAGGUUCAAGGAGCGAAAGGAGAUGCAAUAUUUCCAUGGAAUUUUCGAAACGAGAUUUGCUUUGGGUACGCGUGUUUGGUUGGCGGAUUAAUUCAUCGAGUGGUGGCCUCUGUCCGGCAGCUGUUUCAAGGCAGAUUUCGUUGUUCCGUACGAUUUGAGCUGUGGCUUUUAACGUUAAUAAUAUUGAGGGUGAAUGGUGAUUUAAUGGCCAACAAAGGGUGUGUAACUGUUGUUACGAAUUUGUAGGGACAAAAGGCGUCUUUGAGAGAGAUUCGAAAAUUAUAUAAAGUAAAACUUAUUCAAUUACGAUAUUUAUGU